GACAGCUAAAGUAACAACCGUCAACUUCCACUGCAAGAAACUGUCAGAAAUUCACAGAACAGGACCUCAGACUUAAAGCAGAUAAACAUCUUGUGCAACAGCAGGUGUCCGUGACGGUCUGCUUCUACUAGCUACAGGAUUGGCUGAGCACCUGUGGAGCAGCUGGAAAUGAAAGGCACUGAGAUGUUAAAGUCCUCAGGCUCGAAAGGAACAGGGGGACCAACAAAUGCUCACGCACCAGCCGAACCUCUCCUCGUGUAUAAAGCUAAAGAGGACAAAGAACAGACUGAGAACGUGAAUGUGAAGUGUGAAGACCUUAAGGCUCCAGUGGGGCUUUUAAUGAAGUUCCUCAGAGCUCUGAAGGACAAAUACUUCCAGCUGGCUGUUAAACUCUGUCACAUGAUUCUCAUCUACGAGCCAGACAAUCCUGAGGCCUCAGAGUUCCUCCCAUUGAUCCAGAAGAAGCUGCUGGAAGAGCGACACGCAGAGAAAAGCAACGAGGAAGAAAGUGAUGAGGAUGAUGAUGACAUUGAUUCUGGAAGUGAUGAGGACCCCUCUCAUAGCUCAUCUUGCUCCUCUUCAUCAGCCUCAGAUGAUGAUGAUCAUGGAUUCUUUAAACAUCAGCUCUCUCUCUGUGAAGAUGAUAAGCGAUGCUGCAUGACAGGGAAAAGAUGUGGUAUAAGGAUUUUCACUGUGGAUGAGAGCUGUAACGUGACCCAAACAAAAGAACUGAUUCUGGAGUCCAUCUGGUCCACUCUCCAGUCUUUUGUUAUGGUGGCAAUUAAAUUAGCACAAAUAAAAUGUUAGCCUAUGUAAACUCA